AUGGGUGCCAAUCCAAAUCGGUCUUCUAACAUUGAUAGUUCUCCCAUUCAUUUAGCUAUUGAUACUGGAUCUGUUGAAAUCGUCCACUGCCUGAUUAAUAGUGGUGCAGAUAUUAACAAAAUAUUUACGAUUCGUGAACGAGACAAAGGCCCAUAUUGGCAAUUAAAUGAUUCUUUUAGAGUACGUUAUCAUGAUUGGAGAAUACUUAAUUAUGUGGCUUUUGAAUGUAAAUCAAAAAUUAUGAAAUAUUUGAUUGAAGAACAUACACCAGUCAACUCAUCCUGGCAAACAGAUAUAACAAUUGUUUGCGCAUUUGCUAAAGGCAUAUUAAUGAAUCCGUUUCAAAAUUUAACAGAUAUAGUUGAAACACUUGGCGUAUUGUUAAAAGCUGGUUAUAACAUCAAUAUUCAAGAGGAAUUAGUUGGUAAAUACCCAAGUCAUAUUAUACGUGAAAUCAGAACAACUUGCAUGAAAAAUAUAGCAAUAGCAAUUAAUCUUGUUGUAAAAGAUUAA